CUCUGCCCUAUCCCAACUUCCCAAGGGCCGCCCGAGCUCAACCCUUUUUGUCCCGACCGCGCUGCCGUAACGUGUGCUUGGUGUCGGGUGCCUGGUGCCGGGACUGUCACCGUCAUGACAGACAUAGCGGAUCGGAAGCUGCGCGUGGCCGUGGCGGUGUCCUUCGCCUCCGGCUUCUUCCUGGGCUGGCAAGCGUGCCGCAUGUGGAGGCGCUUCCUGGGCUGGCGGAAGCGACGGCUGCAAGAACAGCUGCGAGAAACACAGAGGCGGCUGGACAUGUACUGAGCCGCCUUCGCCCUCCCAGCCCGGCGGCAGCAGCAGUGGUGGCGCCACCGGCCUGAGGACCUGGCCCGGCCCGGCCCGGCCCACCUCGUUCCGUCCAGACUCCAGCGCUUCUUGAAGAUGGAUAUAGAGAACUGGACAGAAACAAUUUUCUCCUACAGCUUAUCAAUUGGUUUUUAUCCUAAAAAUUAAAAAAAUUGGACACCUUUUGAAUCUACUUUUUUUUAAAAUGAGAAAACAGUGCUGAGUAUCCUCAUUUGCUGAAUACUUUUGUAGAACCAGGGAUCAGAAGAAUAAGAUUAUUUCAUCUGGUAAUAAUGGUUAUACCUGAAUAAGCCAUUUUGCUCACAAGGACUUUGUGAAAAUAAGUGAGAUGUUAUAUGUGAGAUGCUUUGAAUUUCUGAGAAGAUUCCAAAGAAGUACAAGAUGUACCUAUAAUAGUAUUGUUAUUGGCAAGAAUCUUGUUUGUGAAAAUAAUUUGUGAAACUAUGUGAGUUGAAGUACUUCAAUGUUGACUAUAAAUUUUGUAAUCUAUUCUUGACUUAAUUUGCCAGUUCAAAGGUACUAUGAUAUUUUUUUAAAGGAAAAAAGUGCCCUUGAUUAUGGUAAUAUAGCAAGUAUGCCAUUCUACCUCCACAAAAGAUAAGAAGUAUCUAUGUCACCUUUGGUGCUUGAGCUGGUUUCUAAAACAGGGCCCUUCAUUGUAUUCAUAUAGUUAAAUCUAUUAGUGGCCUCAGUGAUAUGGAUGUUCUCUUCAUGCAUGCAGUUUGCAAUCCAUUUGUACUUUCAUAUCCUAUGUGACUCAAUCCAUAAACUUGCAUAAGUUUGACACAGGAUCCACCCAGCAUGUUAAGGGUCUUCAAUUUCUUUUGGUAGAGAGAAGAUGACAGUAUAACAGAUGGGCUGUCCAUCAGUUAUCUCACUUGUGACAUGACAGGCCCAUCUUUUGUGUGUAUACAUUUCUUUGGUGACAUCCUUUACCUCAGUUUUAUCAAAAUUCAUAGCCUGUUUACACUUACCACAUGCAUACCAUUGCCCUCUGAGUGAUCAUUUUUAAUUCUGAAGAGACUGUUCUAUGACUGAGUCAUAAAAGAUACUAACAGAAUAUUGGUAUUGAAAAGAUGGACCUUUGUUUCAAGAUACUUUAAAGGAGCUUAGACAUUAGACCAGGGGUAUCAAACUCAAGGAGCCAAAUAAAAGCACAGUACAACAUAA